AUGUUUGGAAAGGCAAAUGACAAAAAGCGACUCUCAUCUCUCCUGCUCGUCUAUGAGUCGUCGAAGGCUAUCGGAAAGGUGUUGCGGGGGAACACCGGCCCUUCAGACUCCACUCCCAGUUCCCGCUUUCGAGCUGUAGGGCCACCUUUGCUGCCAACAGAAAUUUUACGGCUCAUAUUCGAAUUGUUUUGGGAUUCCGAGCCCCCCAGCGCAGAUGUGCAAAGCUUUCGCCAAGCUUGCAAACUAUUUAACCAGAUAGGACUUGAAUAUAUUUAUUCGGAUAUUACUGUCUCCCUCAAUGAAAAUGGUUCCGACAGUGGCAGUCUAAAGAAACUCAUAAAGCAUCGAAAGGAUAUUAUAGCAAAUAUAUCUAGACUCCAUGUUACCGGUUUCCCUCCUGCGCAUAGGCGAGUAGGACCCGUCGCGCUGAAGCCUGCUAAGAAGUACGGCUCUGAAAGUCGAAAAGUUUCGAGGGAUAACUUACGAACUCUCCUUGAACUUUUGGGGUCGGACCAGUUGACAUCAUUUGCAAUUACUGGACGCCAUAUCCCAGAACGCCUUGAGACGAUCCCUGUUUCUCUUUUAUUUGGAAAACAUCCGCAUUUGCAUUACUUGUGUAUUCCCAUAACACUACUCUUCAAACAUGGAAUUAAUACGUCUGAAGCCUUGGGGUCUGUUAUCGUACCCAGGUUCCAAUCUCUUAUCCUAACGGAUAUACAAUAUCCACGACACAUAGCAGACGUCUGGGCUUUGUUGAAAAACUCCGAGGACACCUUGAAAUCUUUGGCCAUCAAAUCUCCCGCAGACUCAGAGCUGGGGGAAUAUCUUUCACAGCGCGGUUACAAUAGACCAGCACCAGUGCUCCCUUCGACUACGCUAUCACUUCGAAAGAUUCAGGACCUCCACAUAGAAGGGUUUCCGCACCUCGCCGAGGUGCUUAGUGAUUGUGCGCCUAACUUCAUUAAUAUGCAAACCCUCCGCAUGCUUCGUUUGGAGCGGUGCCGAUAUGCCGAACGAUUCCUAUAUUCAUUUGGUGCAUAUAGCACACCAAAAUUAAAAUCAAUCCAGUUGUUCGAAACAUGCAGCGGUAUCGGUCUUGAGGGCUUUGUACUCCAUCUUGAGUCAAUGGAGCUAGAAACUCUAGUAAUUGUACUUGAGGCAUAUGAUGGGCAGUUUAAGUGGCAAAACAUCAAACAGGGAGUUGGGGGAUCUGUGAAGCGCCUAUGGAUUCAACAUGGGUCGUCUUACAGUGGGCCCCAUGACGUUUUGGACAUGAAAAAUCAUAGCGCUCCUUACACGGAUACCUUUUUCCCGCAUGGAUGGCCGAAGUUGGAGGAAGUUGCGAUUGAUUCAUAUUACCUCGAUGGGACUUCGAUAGUUCUUCCCGAGACAGUCAAAGUGUGCCGCAUUGUUGGCCAACAGGCGCAGAGGGCCGCUAUGCGGGGCCGGCCUUCAGAUAAAAACGUCGAGAAUCUCAUAAAUUUCCGAGAUGAGGAAGGAUAUAAACUAAAUGUUGAAGUAUCAGCGAUAGGCGCUUUGGACAAGCCAGACACCAAGAGGAUUAUCCGACAUCCAUUCUUUUACAAUGUUACCUCUGAGGUAGACAAAAGUGGAAUGCCUAUAACAACUAGGAAACCGGUUUCAAUUGAUCAGGCAAUGAAAAGGGCUCCUGAUAGUCAUAUUUUAUGGUACGGAUCGUUCUGGUCUUAG